CGGAUUGGCUCUUGGAAAAAACAAGGCACUUCCUGACUGCUCAUGUGAUUUUUGUGUUUUUAACGUCUCAGAGGAGGUUUUGGAUUUAUUUCAGCGCAUUAGACGACUUUAUUCAGACUGCGAUCCUUUAGUCAUGUCCAGCAGGUACCAGAUAGUGGUGCAGGGCGAGGCAUCUGAGACAGACUCUGAUGAUGAAGUCUACAUCACCUCCCUGCCUCCUCCCCAAUCUGCCACAGUGGGAGCCAAGGUUCCAGGGGAGGCAUCUGAAACGGACAGUGAGGGUGAGCUGGAGCAGGUGGACCGAGCCUUUGCAGUGAGCCAGGAAAGCGCUCAGAUACUCAGGAGGGACCUGCCUCCUCUCAUUGUUGUGAGAGACCACCCUGAUGUACAAUCGAUAGUAGAAGACAGGCCAAGCCCCAAACACAGACCACACAGUGACACCUUGCUACAGCAGAAAUUGCAGGAGUCUAACAGCCGGCUGUACUCUGAUGUGGGACAGGCAAUUCGGCACAUUUAUGGCAGUGCCAGCAGGGAGGUGCGCAAUGCAACAGCUCAACUCAAUACUUCACAGAGCGCCAUCAUCAACGCUUCCCACAGCAUCAGAUUAAUCCUGGAGGACCUGAAGGCGGUGUCUGAGAAGAUUGACAUCAUCACCAGCUGUCAAAUACUGCCUGACAUUAAAAUCAAUAAUGAAUUUAAUAAUACUACUCCUGUACCAUAAAGUAUCAAAGUAUGAAUCAGGAUGCAUUUUUUAAAAUAAACAUAUCACUUAUGAUGUUUAAACAUUA